AUGAAGAAAAAAUUGAAAGAUGAUGAGAAAGAGAAAAAAGACAGAGAUGGAAAAGAUGAGUCUAGAAGCAAAUCAAAUAAAGAACUGAAAGAAACGAGAAAGUCUGAAGAACCUCCUCGACACCCUGGAUUAAUUCUACAAACAAAGUGGAGCAAGGAUUCUAAACUGCGAUCAUCAUCACUUUCACUUGAUUUACUACUAGAUUAUACUGACAAGGACAUUGAAGAAUCAACGUUUGAGCUUUCACUGUUUGCUGAAACGCUUUAUGAAAAGCUUCAGUAUCAGAUGGGAUGCCGUCUUUUGACAUUUCUCCAGAAGCUGCGAAUAAAAUUUGUGAUGAAAAGAAACCAACGUAAGAGGCAACGAGAAGUAGAAAAAGUUGAGAAAGGAAAUGAUGAAAAAUCACCAACGAAGCGUCCGAAGAUAAAUGAGCUCCCUGUGACGAACCAGCCUGCUAAGUCAUCUGAAGCAUUGAGUUCAUCUCUGCUAGAUAGCGAGAAAAAAGAUGAAGAAAAAACUGUUAUUGAGGAGAAUAGUUCUGUUGAUCAUGUUGAUGAGGUUAAGAUGGAGCAUAUAGCAGAUGAUGAAGAAGACCCAGAGGAGGAUCCAGAAGAAUAUGAAGAAAUGGAGGAUGCUAGUCCUCAUCCCUCUAAUGAGAAUAAUGAAGAAGGGAAAAGCAAUGUGAUUCCUGUGCCUGGAAACGAGAAGGACGAACCCAAUGUUAAGGAACAAGCUAACACGAAGGCCGCAGAAACAAAGGCCAAGGCCGAAGCAGAUACAGGUGAAAGAAAAGAGGGGAAGGUGGAUACAGGAAAGAAAGAAACUCCCAGGGCAAAGGAGGUUGUUGACAAGGAACUAUUGCAGGCUUUUAGGUUCUUCGACAGGAAUCAAGUUGGCUACCUUAGGGUUGAAGAUAUGAGAUUGAUAAUCCACAAUUUGGGAAAAUUCCUUUCCCACAGGGAUGUCAAGGAACUUGUGCAGAGUGCAUUAUUAGAGAGCAACACCGGAAGGGAUGACCACAUUCUUUACAAGAAACUGGUGCGAAUGACUGACAUUUGA